AUGCUCUUUGCGCGCGUCCGUGUCGCCGUCCUCCCGCGUGCGCGCGCUUCAUCGGCGCCGUCGCCCGCGCCCCGUCGCCUCCACGCGCGCACGCGCGCGCGGAGCGACGAGACAGGCGAACGACCGAGCAGUUCGUCGUCGCGAGGUUUCGCCAGCGCGGAUUCGCCCGAGGGAAUCUUACGCGUGAGCAAGCGCACGUCGUUCGAAGGUCUGAAGGCGGCCCGACGGGUUGAACUGGAGAAGGCUCGAGCGAACGGUGACGAGAAGCGCGCGGACGAGGUGCGGUGGGCGUUCGAUGAGCUCGUGAAGGAGUCUCGGGAGUUUUUCGAGCGCGCGUGCGCGGAGAACGACUCGGCGGAUGCGAGAUUUAGGUUGGGUAAUUUUUAUCAGACGUUGGAAAAGUUAGAAGAGGCGGAGCGAGAGUAUCGGCGAGCGUUAGAGCUCGGGAUGAGCGUCGAUGCGGCGAACAAUUUGGCGAUGAUGUUACAGGAGCGCGGAGAGUUGGACGAGGCGGAGGCGUUCUACUUGAAGGCGCUCGAGGGUAAUGAGAGCGACGUGGACGUGUUGUUUAACUGGGCGACGUUGAAGUUGAACUGUAGACAAGACCUGAACGCGACGAGGAUCUUGAUUGAGCGCAUCGUGACGAUUCAACCAGAGUUAAAGAAGCACCCACUGGUGAAGGCGUUGCGCGACGACGACGACGACGACGAGGCCGAGCCGUUCAUUCCGCCCAUUUAG